ACAAGUCUGCGUGUUUCUGACUUGAAGGAACAUAAAGCGAGGUGAAGAUCAGCGCGGAGAAACCCGUCUGGAGAUGGAGGAGGAAGCUCCAGUCAAGACGUCGGUGGCCCAGUUGGCUGGAAAACUCAAAGCUCAUGCGCUGCCAAUGCCAGGAAACAAGGAGGUGAAGUCUAUGAGGAGACCCCCAUGUUCACUGGCCAUUAAUGACCAAAGAGAUGAAGAACUUGAAGAGAAGUCGUCUGUUUGUCCUCAUCCUGCCAAGAUCAAGAUGAAGAGUUCACCGCUCAUAGAGAAACUACAGGCCAAUCUCGCUCUGUCUCCAACCGUCCUGCUCUCUCCACCCAAAAGCCCAGAGUCCAAACAGCCGCCCUCUGCGUCCAUCAGCCCGUGCAGUGUCGUGAGCUCCACCCUGCAGACCCCUCAGCUGUCCUGCGAAGAUGAAGCGCCGGUCAGCUUCGAGCAGCCGGUGGAGGGCACACCACUGCCCAGCAUCAACAAGAGUCGAGCCAGACUGUCGUUCAAGCGCCGGCUGCCCACACGCCUGCACAGGAAAUCAGCAAGCGAAGAAGCCAAAGUGCAAGAGGACAACAAUUCUCAACGCGAAACCGAAAACCCACAGCAGAAUGGAGAAGAUCUGAUCUGUGGGCGUCUGCAGGAGGACAACGAAGAAAAAGCAAACACUGCUGACUCUGCUCGAACCAGCACAGAGGACAGACAAAAGCAAGAAGGCCAAGAAACAAAUGCAGGAGACCAGGAGGAGUGUGAAGCUUCUGACUGUAAACCAGAACAAGAAAAAGAAGAGAGAGAAGAGACGGAGGAGGACAGGACAGAAGUGAAAGAGGACACGGCGGAGAAAGAGACAGAGUAGAUGAAAUAGGUUGAAGGUCAUCAAAUGUGGAGCGCUUUUGGUUUUUUGCUUUAAUAUACUCAACCCGGGCUCAUUGUGGGAUUGUAGUCCCGCGGACGUUUCUGGAGACUGCGGAAUACGUCCCGGCGGGUACGUACGGCUGCAGUUUUUGUUUUCGCGAAUCCACGAGAGGCCGCUGUUGUGCGCUUUUUCGCAUCUCAGACGCCUCUCGCGAGUGCGGUUCGCGCCCGCGCUGUUCUCGCGUGAACCCACCAGAGGCCGCUGUCCGACUGACCGGAUAAUUGACUACGCGACCGCCCAAUCGGCCGACCCGCCCUCCUCCUUCUCUGAACCCAACCAAUUUUACCGAUCGACCCGCCUGCCCGCUCGCUUCCCUAAACCCGAGCAACAGUUUACAAAAGCCGUCCAAAAAAA